AUUAUUAAAACUCUCAAACUCCAAAAUUACCUUCAUGCCCUUGCAUUUAAUUUCUACAAAAUAAAUGUCAUUUAAAUGCUAUUUAAAUACUAUUCUCUCAAUUAAGAAUCUAAAUUGCCACCUUGGCAAAUUCCUUUAACUCCAACAUUAAAAAGAAAUAAAUGUUAUUCUUUUCCUUCAAAAUCUCUAAAUUGCCACAUUAAAUAAUUAAUUGACAAAAUAUCUUAAUCAAUACUUCAAUAAUUAAUUAAAUAACUCCUGAAAAAAUAUUGGGCCCUCUAACGGGUCGUUACAACAUCAGUUCUCCAUUCCAGAAAAUCCCACCGCUAAUUAAAAUUCUUUUUCAAUUCCUCCCUUCCUUGGUUGAAAUUCAGCCACUUAUUGAUCCAUGCUUCUUUUCAGAAUUUUUUUACAAUGUUUUUUCAAAUUUAUGACUCCUUGCUUAUGAUGAUUAUGGCAGAUAUCCUAAUCCUGAUGGCAUCUGAUUCAAAUGCUCCUAGUGACUCCUCUAGCAGUGGUAGAAAAGAUCCAGCAUGGAAAUAUAACACACUGCCAGAUCCAAAGGACAUAAACUGUUUAAAAUGUAAUUUUUGUGGAAAAAUAACGAAAUGAGGGGUUUACCGAGCUAAACAACACCUUGUUGGAGGGUAUAGGAAUGCCAAAGUUUGUCCAAAAUGUCCUUCACAUGUUAAAGAAGAAAUUAGAGAGUAUAUGUCAAAAAAGCUAGAAAAGAAGAACAAUAGUGAUGUUAUACUAGAUUUUGACGACAUUGAUACCCUUGGAGAUGAUGAUGAUGAUGAAGUGGUUUUUGAAAGAGGUGUUAAAAGGCCUAUGUCUUCAAGUUCAAGUCAAGGUUUAACAAUGCAACAAAAAAAGCAAAGGAUGAAAGGGCCUUUGGAUUUGCUUUUGCCUCCUAAACUUAAAGUGAGCACUGGGAAGCAAACAACAAUGGAGACCCAUGUCAAUAAAGAACUGAGGGAGAAUGCUUGCGUUUGGUUUUCUAGAUGGAUGUAUGAAGCUGGCUUGUCUUUCAAUGCAGUCAAGUAUCCAAGUUUUAAGCCAAUGAUUGAGGCUAUUGGUCGAGCUGGUCCAAGCAUGAAACCUCCUAGUUAUCAUGAGGUGAGAGUUCCUUAUCUUAAGAAGGAGUUGGUAUGCACAAAUGAAAUUAUGAAGAGUCAUAAGGAGGAUUGGCCUAAAUAUGGAUGUUCCCUUAUGUGUGAUGGUUGGAAGGAUAAGAGAGAGAGAUCUUUGCUUAACUUUUUGGUAAAUUGUCCAAAGGGAAGUAUGUUCAUUAGAUCCAUUGAUACUUCCUCAUAUGCCAAGGAUGCUAUUAAAAUAUUUAAAUUACUUGACCAGUUUGUAGAGGAAGUAGGUGAAACAAAUGUGGUUCAAGUUGUGACUGAUAAUGCCUCGGCUAAUGUUUUAGCUGGAGAGUUCUUAAUGGCUAAGCGAAAGCACUUAUAUUGGACACCAUGUGCUGCCCAUUGCUUAGACCUAAUGUUAGAAGAUAUUUUUAAACUUCCUAUAUUGAAGAAGACUUUUCAAAAAGCAUGUGCAGUAAAUGGAUUUUUGUAUAGCUCUACACAAGUGUUGAAUAUGAUGAGAAUAUUCACAAAAAAGAGAGAGAUGUUAAGACCUGGGAAAACAAGAUUUGCCACGGCUUUCCUCACCCUUUCAAGACUUUAUAAACAAAAAGCCAACUUGAGGAAGAUGUUCACUUUAGAAGAGUGGACUAACUCUAAAUUUGCAAGAGAAGCACGGGGUAAGCUUGCAUCUCAAACAGUGUUACAAGAUUCAUUUUGGAAAAAUGUUCUUUAUGCUCUCAAGGUGUCAGGGCCACUUGUCAAGGUGCUUAGAGUGGUAGACAGUGAGGAUAAGCCUGCUAUGCCUUAUAUUUAUGAGGCUAUGGAUAGGGCAAAAGAAGCCAUUGCCAAAUCUUUUGAUGAUGAAAGGAAAUACAAGCAAAUAUUUGAAAUCAUUGAUGGGAGGUGGAAUAUUCAAUUGCAUCGUCCUCAACAUGCAACUGGAUAUUACUUGAAUCCAGAAUUUUUUUAUUCAAAUGCAAGCAUUGGAGAAGAUCAAGAGAUUAUUGAUGGGUUGUAUCAAACCAUAGAGAGGUUGGUUCCCACUGCAGAGGUGCAAGACAAAAUUUCUAAAGAGCUAAGCUUGUAUAAAAAUGCUGAAGGGAUAUUUGGAAAACAAAUAUGCAUAAGAGGAAGGAAUCAAUUGGCAUCAGGUAAUAUGGUUUUUUAAUUAAUAAUCUAAGUAAGUUUAAUCAUUAGUCUACAACUAGCAAUUUUCAAUUACUGAUUAUGUCAUUAUGGUAUAUUUUUUCCUAGUUGAAUGGUGGUCUCAAUUUGGUAUUGCAACCCCUAAUUUGCAAAAGUUUGCCAUCAAGAUAUGUAGCCUCACUUGUAGCUCUUCAGGUUGUGAAAGGAAUUGGAGUGUCUUUGAGCAUGUAAGGGUGUUUUUUCUUAUUCUUAAUAUUCACCACUAAAGGUGUAUAAUUUCUUCUUUCUUUAACUUACUGAUUCUAAUUUAAUUGUGACAGCUUCAUAACAAAAAGAGAAAUCGAUUGGAGCAACGUCUCAAUGAUUUGGUAUUUGUCAAGUAUAAUAGAGCUUUGAGACGUCGUUUUAGUUUGCGUAAAUCAAUUGAUCCAAUUUCUUUAGAUGAAGUUGAUGAAAGUAAUGAGUGGUUGCUUGGGGCAAUUGAUAAAUUUGGAGAGUCAGAUGAUGAGCUGGUACAUGAAGAUCAUGAUUUGACAUGGGCUGAUGUUGCUAUGGCAUCUGGUGUUGAAGAAGCUAAUCACUCAACUAGAUCAAAAGCGACUUCAACUUCAAAUUUGACAAGGGGGAGGGGGACAAGGGCAUCAACUUCAAAUGCUCCAAUGGAUCUUGACGAGGAAGAAGAA